UCUCUCUCUCUCUCUCUCCCCCUCCCCUCCGGCGGGUGAGUGACAGGCGGGCGCUGAGGAGCGGCGAGGACGUCGAGCGCCCCCCGCGCGUGCGACGAGGCGGCCCUGACGGGGCAGCGCGGCCCGCCCGGUCCCUCCGCCUCGCCCCGCCGGCACCCCCAGCACCACCACCACGGCCACGACCACCACGGCGGCGGCGGGGUCCGGGCUCCUCACCCGCCCCCCGAUGACUGCGGCAAACGGCGGCGGCGCCCACGACGACUUCGACUUCAGGCUCAUCUUCGGCGAAGAGGCGGAGGAAGAGGAGGCGGACGGCGGGCCCCAGCCGCCGGGGCCUGUCGCCGCCGCCGCUGCCUCAGCAGCAGAUCUUGAACCUGAUGACUGUGCAUCUUUAUGCAUUUUCAGUGUCGACCACUCAUCCUCGGUAAACCAUCCCAUUUGUAUCCCAUGUCAUGGAUUUCAAACACACCCUUCUCCUUUGUCCUCACCUGCUAAACUGCAGGGUCACAAAAGCUACGAAGGAACAUGUGACGUACCGGAAUCUAAGUACAGUCCACUAGGUGGGCCUAAGCCUUUUGAAUGUCCUAGUAUUCAGAUCACAUCUAUCUCUCCAAACUGUCAUCAUGGCAUAGAAGCCAGCGAAAGUGAAUUGCACACAAAUGGCCCUCAGAAUGAAUACAUGGAAAGGCCUUCCAGGGACCACUUAUAUCUUCCUCUUGAGCCAUCUUACAGAGAGUCAUCCCUUAGCCCAAGUCCGGCCAGCAGCAUUUCCUCUCGGAGCUGGUUCUCAGACGCUUCCUCUUGUGAGUCAGUCUCCCAUAUUUACGAUGACGUGGAUUCGGAACUGAACGAAGCCGCUGCUCGGUUUACCCUUGGGUCACCUUUGGCAUCUCCUGGAGGUUCUCCAAGAGGCUGUCCAGUUGAUGAUCCUUGGCAACAAUCCUACGGAUUUGGGCAUGCCUUGUCGCCAAGGCAAUCUCCUUGUCAUUCUCCUAGGACUAGUAUCACCGAUGAGAAUUGGCUCAGCCCAAGGCCAACCUCAAGGCCAUCCUCAAGGCCUACAUCGCCGUGUGGGAAGCGCCGGCAUUCGAGUGCUGAAAUCUGUUAUAUCGGUUCCCUUUCUCCUCAUCAUUCCCCCGCUCCAUCACCAGGACAUUCUCCUCGGGGAAGCGUUACGGAAGAUACGUGGUUGAAUUCCUCUCUCCAUGGCCUUGGCCCUGGCCUUUCAGCUUUCCAGUGCUGCGGAGAUACCGACAUCCCUCUUAAAACAAGGAAGACCUCCGAGGAUCAAACCGCAAUUAUAUCUGGGAAAGCGGAACUUUGUUCUGAAGACCCGGGCAAUCUAUCUCCGUCCCUCGAAACUGCAAUAGAUGAGAGCUCCGUAUCCCAGCAUAUGUUAAAAAAAGAUUUGUCUGGUGACCAGUUUCUUUCUGUCCCGUCACACUUCACCUGGAAUAAACCAAAGCCUGGCCAUACUCCUAUAUUUCGCACAUCUUCAUUGCCGCCUCUAGACUGGCCUUUACCCACACAAUAUGGGCAAUGCGAACUGAAAAUAGAAGUACAGCCAAAAACCCAUCACAGAGCACAUUAUGAGACAGAAGGCAGCAGAGGAGCUGUAAAAGCAUCAACUGGUGGACAUCCUGUAGUGAAGCUUCUAGGUUACAAUGAAAAACCUGUAAAUCUUCAAAUGUUCAUUGGGACAGCAGACGAUCGGUACUUACGGCCACAUGCUUUCUACCAAGUGCACAGAAUCACAGGAAAAACUGUUGCCACAGCUAGUCAAGAAAUAAUCCUUGCCAGCACAAAGGUUUUGGAAAUUCCUCUUUUACCUGAAAACAAUAUGUCUGCCUGUAUUGACUGUGCAGGUAUUCUGAAACUCCGCAAUUCAGAUAUAGAGCUUCGGAAGGGGGAGACAGAUAUUGGCAGAAAAAACACAAGAGUGAGGCUUGUAUUUCGUGUCCAUAUCCCACAGCCUAGUGGGAAGGUCUUGUCCCUUCAAGUUGCCUCUAUACCUGUUGAAUGCUCUCAGAGAUCCGCUCAGGAACUUCCUCAGAUAGAGAAAUACAGCAUCAGUAAUUGCUCCGCAAAUGGCGGCCAUGAAAUGAUUGUUACGGGCUGCAACUUCCUUCCAGAAUCAAAAAUAAUAUUUCUGGAAAAGGGACAAGAUGGACGGCCCCAAUGGGAGGUGGAAGGAAAAAUAAUUAGAGAUAGGAGUCAAGAGGCUGCGCUCAUUCUUGAAGUUCCUCCAUAUCACAACAAAUCAAUUCCAGCGGCCGUCCACGUGCAGUUCUAUGUUUGCAACGGCAAAAGGAAAAAAAGCCAGGCUCAGCGUUUCACAUAUACUCCAGUUGUAUUGAAACAAGAGAACAGAGAUGAAAUGGAUUUGACUUCAGUUCCAUCGUUGUCCCUGACUCACUGUAAAGGACUCUCUCCUGUCCAAACCCAGUUGCCUUCACCUGAUCCAGGGCUUUCACACGAUAGUUUACUUUCUGCGUCCUCCAGGAACUUUGUAUGUCCCAUACAGCAACCAUUCACGCCCAUGGUCUCCUCAGCAGUAACUCAGUUGUCACACAUACAAGGUAGAAGCAUUAGUCCAGGUGAAGAUCACCCUGUUCUGUCUUCAGCUGUAGUCCAUCCGUCUUUUCAGGUAACGGCGGCAUCCUCCGUGGGGCCUUCCUAUCCGUCUAUGCAGCCUAACGUUAUGUUUAAUGGACAGUCUGGUCUUCCCAUGGAUCCUGCCUCUUCUAGUCAAGGCUACGAGGCAAUUUCAUUUCAGCAAGAUGCACCGGUACCUCCACUGAUAAACCUCAGCUGUCAGUCUCUGCCACCAAUCCCAUAUCAUUCUUCAAGUUCAGGUUCAGUGUCAACUUCUGUUGCAACAGGAGGACAUACUUCAGCACACCUAGCUCAGUCGAGACACUCCUCACCUCAUUUGCAACCCAUGCGGUACCAUUGUCCCGAUCCUCAGCACAGUCCUGUCUCUUCUGCAGGGACUCCGUCCCUCGGACAUCCUUCCACACAGUUGCAGCAAAUGACUUAUUCUUCGAAUCCAGGUAACUCCUCAUCACCAUCCCCCAACUCUUCUCAUUCUUUAGUCCAUUCACCACGGUCUGGGCCAUCUUCGCCACAGUUGCAACCUAUACCUUACCAUCUUUCUAGCUCGGGAUCUGCCUCAUCUCCUCCUCCUCCUCCUCCUCCAGCCUCUGUCAGUCAGCCUGGGCAACAGUCCCCACAGGAGCAUAGCCCAGGUUUGGGAGGAAUCGCUACAGCUUCAUCUUUGAUGCAUCAUAACAUGUGUGACACAUCUCCAUUUCCAUCAGAAGGGUCAGCUGUUCAUGUUAAGCCUGAACCAGAAGAUCAAGAGUUAAAUUUUCAGACAAUGGGAUUGCAAGACAUCACGUUAGAUGAUGUGACGGAAAUCAUCGGAAGAGACAUGCCGCAGAUUUCUGCGUCCCGUGGAGCAGGAGCUGCCGUCCUGCGGAAACCUGGAGAGAACCAGGAAGCCUUGCACUUUCCCUCUGAAUAAUGCUAUGUCCCUCUUUAGAUUUACUGUGCUUCCGAUUACGUGGCCUUGAUGAUCCUGGACACUUCUGGAUCCCCUGCAGAGCUGUCCUGGGAGAGCGGGAGAGAGAGUGGUAACAGGAAACAGGUUGAGUUCUAGAUUUUUAGGAUGCUGUAUAAUAAUAAUUAAAAAAGCUACUUUAUAAAAAUGGACACCAAAAAGUGACCCAAGAUACUCUUAACUUUGAGUAAAAAAUACCAAUGAGCUUUGCUUGUCUUGUGCAUUUAACAUCAUUCUUUUAUAUUAAGUGCUUAAUUGUAUGGAGAAACGUAGUUUUGCUCUCAAUAUGCACAGUUACUGAAUGUGGGUAAUUAUUUUUUUUUAAAAAAACACCAUCUUUGUAUGCUGCUUUUCUUUAGGAAAGAUACUAAGAUUGUAAUAAAAAUUUGUAUACCUUUUGGACGGUCUUUUUGAAGAGCCCUUAGGCAUAUGUGGUUUAAAAAAAGUUUUUUUAAAAUGAUAAUAAUAAUAAUAUAAUGCUGUCUUUCGGAGGCACAGUAGUAUCUAUCAUCUGAAGCAAUGCCUUUGGAAGUCUUCCGUAGGAAGAAUGAUUAUCGUUUUCUUUGGAGCUUUAGGAAGCAAAGCCAAAUACAGAUCUGUGUUCUUGAGACACUGAAAAAUUUUGGUAGGCUGCAAAGAGAGCAUUCCGUCGUGGAAAGAUUGGGAUAGAAAUGACAUUCCAAAACCUGACUUUUAUACCUUCAUACUUUGCUAGCACAGACCUGUUCUAACAGAAGCACUUGUUCAAAACUACUUAUAUACGUGCUCGUUUUUAAUGAAGCCAUUAUACGAUGUUGGGCUAUGUCAAAAGGCUGUGUUCCACAUGGAGUCCUUUUGAUCAGACUUGUUUAAACGGUUAAACUGCUGUUCUUCAGAUUCCUCAGGUAGAGACCUUCACAUGGUCUGUUCUAUUUUUUCCCCCCCUGUUAGAUGUGUCUGAAAAUGUAUGUUGGCAUUUAUAUGGGCUUCUUAAAGUCUUUUCUUAAUGGUUUAGUGAUCCUACUGUUUUUCAUCCUCUAAAAAAAAAUCAGCUUUGUAUAACAAAAGGAAUGUAGCUGGGCCUUCUUACUGUAAGAUACGUACUUCGCAGUGCUGAUCAAGGCAGCUCACUGAGCAGCGACAUGUCUGCAUUGUGACCACUGAGGGUGAAGCUGCCUGUGACCACCUAUGCAUGUUAGGUUAAUAUUUCCCACCACGGUGUGAAUUAUAGAGGGGGGGGGGUUCCAUCUCUGAUUUGAAACACGAGAGAUGCAAAACCCAACCCUGGCCGAUGAGAAUUUCUACUAAAUAAGAGUUAAUUCCUCUGUCAAAUGAAAAUCAAGAUGUUUCAACUUUAGGUAAGCAAAUGGGUCAAGAGGCUGCAAAAUGAAAAGAUAAUUAAAAGGAUUUUUGAGAACCACAAGGGUUAAGAUAGCUGGUGUACUGUUUUCUGUCAUUGUUUAGCUAAUUUUUAUAGCUACCGAAGCCUUAAUUGAUAGGAACAAGAUAGGUUUUGUAGCGUCAUGCUACUGGCAACAGGCUGAUAAAGGGGGAAGUAUCUGUCUGCAUUCAGCUUCUUGGCUUUUAAGCAGUCUCCACUUUUUUAUGAAAGGAAUGUGGCAACUCAAAGCCACAAUUUAGUUACUAAGAGGGUUGCUUAACUAUCAUUAUCGGCAGGCCACAUUGACUGCUUAGUCUGCAACUAGCCCUACUAUCUCAGGAUGAAGUAAAAUAAAGCAGAUUCAGAUGGGUUUGCAUAGUUCAGGAGACACCUGCCUUGAGUGCGAAAAUAGUUUGCAUUAAAAAAAUCCUGGAACUGUUUAUCUGGGGUUUUUUUUUUUAAUCACACAGUUUUCACUCUUUAAAAUACAACGGUGAUGUCAUUAGAAGAGGAUAUUUGUAGCUCAGCGUUGAAUUGUGGGCUCCUAGGUAACAUCAUCACGCACUGGUGAGGUUACCUAGUUUGGUAACAAAACGUCUGCAAGAAAACAAACAAGGUCAGAGAGCACCAAGGAUCCCACUAAGAUGAUGGCUGAAACAAAUGUUUGGGUUUUUUUUUUUAAAAAAUUAUCAACUUUUAAGAUGUCAAGGAAGAUUCCUUCUUUCUAGUUGUUGUCGUGAGUGUUGGGUCAAGUGGGCAUGUCAUCUGGGCGACUCCUAAGUUGAUGCAGCAUCCUCUUCUUUUCCCUGCCCACCCCCACCAAGGUGGAACUCUUUAUCUUCAUUUCAGAGAUCCUAUACGAUCCAAAACGAUUGGCCUGCAGUAGUCAAAAUGGCCACGCAUGAGCUUCUGAAACCAAACAAUGGUCAUCUCAAAUGUGACAGUUUUCUUUGGAAGUAAAUCCGUCUUCUGUUUAACAAAUGCAACGAGUUGCAGAGUAAAGUAUGGCUAGUUGCACACCGGAGUACUUCAUUCCUUUGUCAGGAGUCCUAAGACUUUUAAUGUCUUCUCUGUGCUAUCACCUCUUUUACCGUCUUCAGCCCUUAAAAUGUGUCAAGUCUCCUGCUUCGGCCAGGUGAGGAAACAGACUUACCAGGAACUCUCCUUUAUUGCUGGAGGGUCUCAGAAUGAUCUGGAAAGCCUGACGGAGCUUCCCCUUUUAUACCCAAGAGAAUCAAGGUGGAAUUAGUUUCUUUCCCAACCCCUCUUCCCUCCCAAGGUGAAAUUGAGAUUUACUUAACAAUUCUUGCAUUCCUUUUUUUCAAGGUUAUCUCCGGUCUCUCAUACAGAGGGGGUCAGAUGUGAAGUUUUAGAGUUUGUAUUGGGCUCUGAGAUGAUUGAUGGUGUCGCCUCUUCUCCCUUAAAGUUCUCCUGCCUAGUGUGAGUUUGUACUUGUACCUAAAAUGUGGGCACCCAAACAGUCCUGAGUUACUAUGCACUAAGUGAGCAAUCCACCUGGCACUGCAGUGUCAAUACCUCUCCCCUGGUUGGUGAGAUGCUGAAGGAGAUGGAGAGUUUGCCGCAAAGGGACUAGUGGAUUGUCUUCAACCUUCUGUUGCCUUGAAAUACCCGAUGCCUGUAGACGUAGAAACGCUUUCCUAUUUAAAGCAAAGCUAUAGAAGUUGAGUACUAUAAUGGUGGUUUUUUGCCUUUGUAAAAGCUUCAAUACAAGGGUCUUAAUAUAUAUACUUUUGGCUUGUGUGAUGCUUUAGGUAAGACUGUUAAUCUUGUGUAAUGUAAUAGAGAUAAAAGCACACGAUCUCCGUUAGACUAUGCAAUUUACAAUUUUCUGCCUGUGACUGGCAUCUAUGUUGCUGGCCUCUCCAAAUUUGCUUUCGAUGCUGGCGUCCAAUUUUUUUUAAAAACAUUAUGGAAAGUGUUCAAACGAUAGCUUUCAUAACAAAAGAGUGGAGGCUUUUGUAACACAAAGGAGGUGAGAUAUAUAUAUAUAUAUACGUUGCCCGUUUUGAAAGUUGUUUUGGUUUAACCAAAGUUUGAUCACAAUUUGGCACUCUUUCUGAUAAAUGCUUCAUUAGAAAACGGAAUUGCCAUCCAUUGUAAACCAAAGAAUAAAAGAGAAAACAGUUGCUUGGAUGCAAACAAAUCUUGGGAAAAAAAGCUCUAUUUUUGAUACAUAGAAUGAAUGUCAUUCCUUGAGGUUUGGAGAUUGUUCAAAUUGAAAUUUUCUAUUUAACAGUUUGGGACAAUAAUGAUUUAAGACUAAAGGUUACAUUCUAGAUGUUUACAGAGCCUUGUAUUGUAAUUUCAUGUACAUUUGUGUAUUAAACCUUUUGUAAGUUAUGAUUGCAGUGCUACAUGCAGAAGUACAAAGGGAAAAGCAUUAUAGGCUCUUGAAUCAUAGUGUUGAAAUAAAAAAGAAAAUGCAUA